UCCACAUAUGGCACCAGAAUCAAUUAAUUCUAGUGAGAUGGUUUAUUGACGGGGCGACCGUAUGAUGCCAUCUGUCGUCGCGCUUAAGGCCGAGAUUCAUCGGUGUUUUGUAGGAUUAGAUGGGUAAUAAGCUGUUAAUACAACAUAACGAUACAGCUCUGUUUAUGAGGGAUUGGUGUUAGUGGAAUAAUGAUUUUUCCAGGAUUACUUGGGUUAGUGUGCUGUGUGAACUUUACGUGGUCACUUCCAGUCAUGCCCCCUCAUGAUCAUAUGCAUGGGGUAAAAAUGGGAGUUCCAUCAAGCGGUUGUGAUGACGGCGAGCACGGUAUAGAGAUAGACUGGGACCCCCGCAGUAUGAAAGAGUCGAUAUGUCUGUCCGGAGAGCCGCAAGUCUACGAUCAGGGAAGACAUGCGGAUAUACAGUACAUUGACCGCGUGGAGGAACCAAGUUUGAUGAUGAUGCACGUGUGUCUGGAUACACCAAUAGUGUACAACACGUCUGUGCCGCUCAGCGGCGACCAUAGACCACUAUGGCCAGUGUUUGGAGAGUACAGGUACCUGCCCCCACAGCGAUGGGUCCACUCCCUAGAGCACGGUGCUGUAGCGCUGCUGUACAAUCCAUGCACGUUCAACUCACGUGACAUUGACGUCAUCAAGGGCGUGGUCAGAGGUUGUAUCUGGAAACAUGUGAUUACCCCAUACAAGCACAUUCCAGAAAAUAUGCCAUACGCCCUGCUCACGUACGGACACAUGCGGCUUCUGAAUCACUUCCGGGGCGAGGUGACCCAACAGGAAGUGAAACUCGUCACAGACUUCAUUAAGGACACUGCCCUGCGAGGCCCGGAGAGCGCCGUUCUCAAGGACGGUCAGUACAGUGCGGGGCUCCUGCAACCCUCGGACCACUCCCUCGACACCAGGGCUCUGUGUCCUGACCGGUGACGCGGUAUUCCGGCACACGAGCGUCUGCCUAAGUAUGUUUUACGACUGGAUGGAAUUCCUUUUAGUCUACAAACCUUUCAAUGAUCGACGUAAUAUACUCAUGUUAAACACGUUUAGAAAAACGGAAUUAAAAUAAGAAAAACUG